UCUUUUACGCUCUCUCUCUCUCUCUCUCUCUCUCUCUCUCUCUCUCUCUGUCUCCCUCACACACACACACACACAGACACACACACACUCACUCACUCACUAUCUCUUCCCCCUGCUUUUUCAGCUCCACAGAUGGCAGGAAGUGCUUUCCUCUAUCGGACAAGCAUCAAGUUCUUUUUUGCCCUUUUGAUAUCUCCAUCUGUGAAGCUUUCUGUCUUGGCCCUAAUCUUUCCCUAGUCAUCCUUCCUUCAUUCAGCAUGGUGAACAGAUAAUUACCUGACUGAGGGUCACCAUGGGCGCCUGCCUUUGCAAAGGUCAUCAAGAGAUUCAAAAUAGCCAGCAGCAUCCCAUGGGAGAGUUGCAGUCUUGGACAGAAGGACAGCCCAUUGUCAAGGGGAACCAUCAGCCGUACAAUGGCUCAGUGACAGAUAAGAAGAAUGGCAAUGGCUAUAACAUCGGGGAGCUGGCUACAUCAUCCUUGAUGGGUCUGGUUGCUACUAUAAAGGAGCACAUAACCAAGCCAACAGCAAUGGCACAGGGACGGGUGGCCCACCUGAUCGAGUGGAAAGGUUGGGGUGGGGAGACAGCGACUGGAGGGGGCUGGUGUGGCUGGAGCAGGGAGGGAGGCUGGGGAGGAGCAGGGGCCACGCUGCAGGAGGACGAGCAGCUCUACUCCCAUCUGACCGACGAGAUCAAGGAGGCACGCUUUGCUGCAGGGGUAGCUGAGCAGUUUGCCCUCGCUGAAGCAGCAAUGAAUGCAUGGCCUUCACCGGAGGUCACAGAUCGAGCCACAACAAGCACAGUGCAAUUACAAGGCCAUGAGGGCCUGUAUCUCUCUCAGUUUCUAAUGGAUGGAGGAAGCUUGGGCGUCCCACACCACCUGUACAGCAUACACAUGGAGGCCAAUGCUGAAACCAGCUCUGUGAAUACUACACAGCCUCCUCAACCCUACUACUGUAGCUCUAUAUCUCAGCCGGAAUCACAGCACUUCCUUCAGGAGCAGAGGACUUUACCGGCUGACGGCCCUGUACGACACGCAGACAGCAGCUCUGAGGAUGAGGUCUUUUUUGACUAAAAAACUGAAUGCCAGCAGACACAGGAUAUGGGACUCUGAAAGCUGGAAUAAAGUGGACAUUUGUCUUACCUCAUAUGACCGAGUCAAGGUUUAUAUAUGGUGGUAUGGGUCAUAAUGUGUUUAUCUGUGUGUCAGCACCAGUGUUGAUCUACCUCUAAAGAGGUCAUUGCCUUACCCAGUAGAUGUAUAUAGAUCAUGUAAGUCUCCAUGGCAUAUCUUCAAGUGAUAUUUUUGAUGCAAGCAUCAGUUCAUAAAGCUAUAACAUGGUGUUCUUUACCAGGACAAAAUGCUAUUAAAGACAGAUGUUUUAAAAGGACUGAAUCACCUCAAGGGAAGAAAAAAAUACACAUCCUCAAAACCCUCUAAUGCAUUUGAAAAUUGCAGUGGUUGAGACGGAAAGGUCCGUGAUAUGCUGUCAGUUUGAAAGCAGCACCUGUAAAUACCUGCUUAAAAACCCUUUCAGAUGCUUUUCCAUGUCAUCUAAAAGCAAAAA